CCGAAAGAACAAGAAUCGAGCGCAAAGAAAUCAAUUGGUUUACACUAGUUCGUGAAAAAGAAAUUGGAUAUUGGAUAUUGAAUUUGAGCCAAUCAAGGUUACGUACACGGUGCAGUCAGAUUUGACCGUGACUGAUCAGCUCACUCGUUACAAAGCCGCACGAAAAUGAAGGCUGUUUGUGUUAUGUCUGGUACAGCUGGCGUGAAGGGCGUUGUCAAAUUCUCCCAAGAAACUGGUGAUGGACCCGUCCAUGUUCAUGCCGAAUUCACUGGAUUGAAGGCUGGAAAACAUGGUUUUCACGUUCAUGAAUUUGGUGAUACAACAAAUGGAUGUACUUCAGCCGGAGCUCAUUUUAAUCCAACUAAACAAGAACAUGGAGCGCCAGAAGAUAGUAUUCGUCAUGUUGGUGACCUAGGAAACGUUGUGGCUGGUGCCGACGGGAACGCAGUCUAUGAAGCGACUGACAAUUUAAUAUCUUUGAACGGCCCUCACUCAGUCAUUGGUCGAACUAUGGUUAUUCAUGAAAAUGAAGAUGAUUUAGGCCGUGGUGGUCAUGAACUAAGCAAAGUAACUGGUAAUGCUGGCGGUCGUUUAGCUUGUGGUGUUAUCGGUUUGUCUGCUGACUAGUAUUAAAUGCAUGUUUUGUACACUUUUGAUGUCUAUUCUCCCUGUGAAGUAGUAUGACUAUUAUUUGUCACAAAAGGGAGAUUUUAUGUUUUAUUUGAUUGUUAAAAAAGUUCAGUUAUU